AUGUGGGUUAUAGUCCCAGGCUAAAGAAGGUUAAGUUUUAUAGUUGUGGUCUAUUUUCUGAGAAUGAAGGGCACCACGACCUGAAAGAGAAAGAGGCUCAAACACGGACAUCUGCGGGGUUUCUCGAUAAGCUUGCCUAGGAAGGGCCCUUUAAGUAGAACCUUUUUUGCCCUUCUUGCUGGAAAUUUUUUAAUUACAUGUGUGGUUUCCAUGUUUCUAGCAGGCAGUGCUGACUUGGGAGAACAGGGCAAUUGUCGGCAGAACUGAAGUAGCAUCCGGGCUCAGUCCCUGCCGGCUCUGUGACCCUGACCCUACCCUCUUUGACUUAGUUGUGUCCUGUGGAUUUGGGGGCAAGACAGAACAUCCGGCAUGGGAAGUUUUUAGCAUCGUGCCUUGGAAACGCUUUCCUAAGCACCUUACAACAAGUGCUUAAUAACUAUGGUCAUAAUUCUCAAGCCGGUUCCUGUUGAAAUGCAACAUCUCAGCAGUCACUCCCCCACCUCAUACACGCACACGCAAACGCACGCGAGCCUAGAGCACAUUGCAUUUGCGAUUCAGAGCCAACUUUUAGGAGGAAGGAACACGCAGCUGCGCGGGGCGAACAGACACGGGAAGGCUGCUCCUUGGCGGAGAGCGGAGGAAGGAUUCCGUCGCCGCCGAGGCUCUAGAGCAAGCUGCAGAGAGCCUGGGCGGGAGGGGCAGCGGGUCUGAGGCCGCAGAGGCGGUGCCUGGCGCUUAAAGGGAUACCCAAGACGUCCACCGCCGCCUCUUGGGGCACUUAAAGACCCAGAGAAGGACCCCUGGGAAGAUCUGGAUCAGGCUGUGUCUACAGCUGGGGAAGAGAUAGGGGGACCAAGGAAAAAGGCCGAGAUGCCCCUCCUGACCUGCCAGUUCCUCCAAAGUUACCGGGAACAGCGCCUGGCCCACUUGGUUCUGAGCUUUAUUACCAUGGGCUAUGUCUGGCAGAAAGGAGAGACGCAGCCCAAAGAGGUUCUGCCAAGAAAUCUUGCCCUUCCCUUUGUUGAAGUCUCCAGGAACUUGGGCAUCCCUCCUAUCCUGGUCCAUGCAGACUUGGUGCUGACAAACUGGACCACUAGGGAUCCUGAAAGACCCCUGGAAAUCAGGAACUUGGACGUAAUUUUCUCAUUUCCUGGGGAAGAAAGCCUGCGUGGCUUUAUACUGGUGACUGUUUUGGUGGAGAAAGCAGCAGUACCUGGGAUUAAGGCACUUGUUGAGGCAGUGAAUGCCAUCUUGCAGCCCAGCCAGAACUUGUUGCUUCAAGCUCUGCAGCGACUGAGACUCUGCAUUCAGGAUAUCACCAGAACUUUAGGACAAAUGCAUGAUUAUGUUGAUCCAGACAUAUUUUAUGCAGUCAUCCGGAUCUUUCUCUCUGGAUGGAAGGAUAACCCAGCAAUGCCGGUGGGGUUGAUCUAUGAAGGAGUCUCCCCAGAGCCCCUGAAAUACUCUGGGGGGAGUGCAGCUCAGAGCACAGUGCUUCAUGCCUUUGAUGAGUUCUUAGGCAUUUGUCACAGCAAGGAAAGUGCUGAUUUUCUGCUCAGGAUGAGGGAGUACAUGCCUCCUUCCCAUAAGGCCUUUAUAGAAGAAAUUCACUCAACUCCUUCACUGAGAGACCACAUUCGGUCCUCUGGAAAUGGCCAACUUCUGACAGCCUAUAACCAGUGUGUGGAGGCCCUGGCGGAGCUACGCAGCUAUCACAUCACUGUGGUGACCAAAUACCUCAUCACAGCAGCCACCAAAGCAAAGGGCAGGAGGCCGAACUAUGUCCCUGGGCCACCACUAGCCCUAGAAGAGAGGGGCACAGGUGGGACUGUAGUUCUGAGCUUCCUGAAGAGUGUCAGGGAUAAGACCUUAGAGGCAAUUCUCCACCAAAGUGAUUAAGAGACUGCCCUCUUCCCAAGAAUGCAAAACCAGAAACUCGGGUUUCCCCUGGCCCUUUCUCCCACUGGAGGGCACGUAGGCCUGGAAAAUGAGAAUGUCUGGAAUUAUCGACAGGAACCUCAGCCCUGUUUAUGUUCCUGCUCUAUAGAACACCAUCUUCUCCCUUGUUGAGAGCUGUUAGUCUUCACAGAGGAGAAUUUCCAUGGCUAGUCAGAAAUUUUCCUUUCCCUAUCUAAUUACUGGUUAAUAGCAAACAGCUUUGGACACUUCCUCAUUCAGAACCCCACAGAGGAGCCCGUGUACCCCUGUUCUAUUUUCAAAUAAUAGAAAAUCAAUCUAAAUUUCAAAAAACAAAUCAAAUUGCCUGUGGACAGAUCCCCUUUUUGAUUUCUUUAAAAAGCAAAUUAAAUACUCAUGCAUGCAUUCAUUCAUUCAGUCAGUCAACGACAUUACGUUCCUACUGAGCACUGGUUUAGGGAUUAGAGCAGAGAAUUUUUGUGGUCGCCAUCCAGCUCUCCUCUCCCUGAGUGUGCUGAGUUUGUGGCAGGAGGUUGGAAAUGCUCCAGUGGCGAUGUGGAGGAAAGAGGAGGCUCACAUAAGACUUGGAAGUCACCAGUGUAACAAUGAAUAGUUAACGAUGUGGGAACGAACGGAUGAGGCUCUUUGGCAUAGCUCAUCAAUUUGCAAAUUCUGUUUUAGUUUCAUUCUUUAUUUUUGGAAGAAUGAUUCUUUCUUCUUACACCGAAAGUUUAUAGUUGUAAAAUGAAUUAAUUGACCCAUUGGAAGUAAAUGAUCGAAACAGGAAUAAAUAGUAAACUCACAUGUUUAGUUUACAAAUAAAUGUAACUUUUUAUUGAUUUA